UAUGGGGUGUUGGCAGCGUUUGUUGAUUUUUGGCGGGGUAUCGCUUCGGGUUGGUGGCGGGGCCAGUGUCCCGCUUGGGGGAAGCCGAGUGUUGGUUUGUCGGCGCCAGUUAUCUGGCGCUGACAGUGAGACCCUAAAACAAAGAAGAGCACAAAUCAUGUCCCGAGGACUUCCAAAGCAGAAACCAAUAGAAGGUGUAAAGCAAGUUAUAGUUGUGGCUUCUGGAAAAGGUGGAGUUGGAAAGUCUACGACAGCAGUGAACCUUGCACUUGCACUAGCAGCGAAUGAUUCGUCAAAGGCCGUUGGCUUGCUAGAUGUGGAUGUGUAUGGCCCUUCAAUUCCGAAGAUGAUGAAUCUGAAAGGAAAUCCGGAAUUAUCACAGAGCAACCUAAUGAGGCCUCUUUUGAAUUAUGGUAUUGCUUGUAUGUCUAUGGGCUUCCUGGUUGAAGAGACUGCACCAGUUGUUUGGAGAGGCCUUAUGGUAAUGUCAGCUAUUGAAAAACUGUUGAGGCAGGUAGAUUGGGGCCAACUCGACUAUUUAGUUGUUGACAUGCCACCAGGAACUGGAGAUGUGCAGUUAUCAGUCUCACAGAAUAUUCCCAUUUCAGGUGCUGUGAUUGUCUCCACACCCCAGGACAUUGCACUGAUGGACGCUCGCAAGGGUGCUGAGAUGUUUCGAAAAGUCCACGUGCCUGUCCUGGGCCUUGUCCAAAAUAUGAGUGUUUUCCAGUGUCCAAAAUGUAAACAUAAAACUCAUAUUUUUGGUGCUGAUGGUGCAAGAAGACUAGCACGGACCCUUGAUCUUGAUGUUCUAGGAGACAUUCCCUUACAUCUUAAUAUAAGGGAAACUUCAGAUACAGGCCAGCCGAUUGUGUUUUCACAGCCUGAAAGUGAUGAGGCCAAAGCUUACCUGAGGAUUGCUGCAGAAGUGGUAAAAAGAUUGCCACCACCUCUAGAGUGAGUUCCCCAAGUGUUCUGGAAAUUUGCCUGGUGCUUAACAAUAAGACGACUUUUGGAAAUAGCAGUGUGGUGAUGAAACCUACAGGAAUAAUAGCAAUCAUAGUUGUUUUCUUGUAUUUCUAAAGAAAUGUCUUAUUUUCGGAUUUGAUUUGCUAAGCAAUGACUCACAAAUAAAAUGUUCAUAUAUCAAUGCUAACUGCUACAUU